AUGACUCUGCCGAUGCUUUCUUCAUGGAUAGAAACCCUAUCCAUCCACCACCUUCCUGCAAGGAAUGACUAUGAGAUCAAGCCUCAGAUCAUUGCAUUGGUUAGACAGAACCAAUUCAAUGGACUUCCAGCUGAGCACCCUCUUGAUCACAUAGAAAACUUUGAAGAAAUUUGCAGCACUACAAGAUCCAAUGGAGUCUCUGCUGACUACCUUAAGUGCAAGCUCUUUUCAUUCUCUCUUGGCGACAAAGCUUCAAGAUGGUUGAAGUCUCUGCCAGCUCACUCCAUCACCACUUGGGAUGAGUACAAGGCUGCAUUCAUCAACCACUUCUACACCAAACAGAGAUCAAUUUCUGUGAGAAACAAGAUCUCCACUUUCGCCAAGCAACAAUGA